AGACGCCGCCGCCUUCGCCGCUGCCGACCAGUGCCGCCGACCGAUGCUACGGUCGAGUCCCGCCAGUCUCGCGAGAGGUCGCGGGAACGGGGGAGAGGAUGACCGACGUCUCUCUCCCUCGCGGUCGCCUCGAAAAAUAGCGAAGAGCCACCACCAGUCGCCCGGGGCGGUGCAUGGCGUUCGGCGUCGGAGAGCUUCCAGUGCCCCCGACUUGUCAGCUGCCACGAGGAUCCCGUGGAGUGUCCUUCUGCCGUGUGACAUGGUGACGUCGGAGAGAACUCGUGCCGUGUGACUCGAGUGACACUCUGCCCGCCGUCGGUGUGUCAGUGCAUGGCGUCCAGUGGUCGGCUUUCCAACGGUGCCGCCAUGGUAGCGCAGGGAAAGCUCCGCGCCACGAGCUCGGAGGACGGUAAAGAGGACGACGACGACUGCAGGAGUCCCCUGCUCGAGGACUUCGAGAUGAUCAAGACCAUCGGCACGGGAACGUUCGGCCGUGUGUGCCUGUGCCGGGACCCGGGCGGCGCCUUCCACGCCAUGAAGAUCCUCGAGAUCUCGGACGUGAUCCGACUCAAGCAGGUGGAGCACGUCAAGAACGAGAAGGCCAUUCUCCUUCAAGUCCAGCACCCCUUCAUCAUACGCAUGCGGUGGACGCACCAUGACGCCACCUGCCUGUACAUGCUGUUCGAGUACGUGUCCGGCGGCGAGCUGUUCACGUACCUGCGCAACGCGGGCCGGUUCAGCUCAGCCACGGGGUGCUUCUACGCUGCCGAGAUCGUGCUGGCCCUCGAGUACCUGCACAGUCUGCACAUCGUGUACCGGGACCUCAAGCCGGAGAACCUGCUCCUGGACAGGGAAGGGCACCUCAAGAUCACAGACUUUGGCUUCGCCAAGAAGCUGCACGACAGGACGUGGACGCUGUGCGGCACUCCCGAGUACCUUGCCCCGGAGAUCAUCCAGAGCAAGGGCCACAAUCGAGCCGUCGACUGGUGGGCGCUCGGGGUGCUCGUCUACGAGAUGCUCGCAGGGUAUCCACCGUACUUCGAUGACAACCCUUUCGCCAUCUACGAGAAGAUUUUGGCGGGAAAAGUGGAAUGGCCAAGGCAUAUCGAUCCCGUGGCCAAGGACCUCAUCAAAAAGCUCCUUGUCAACGAUAGGACGAAGCGGCUCGGGAGUAUGAAGAAUGGCGCCGAAGACGUGAAGCGUCACCGUUGGUUCAAGGGACUGAACUGGGACGACGUUCUCGAAAAGAAACUGAAGCCCCCGAUCGUGCCCAAGGUAUCCCACGAGGGUGACACCGGCAACUUCGACGACUACCCCGAGCGUGACGGCCGGAGGCGGCCGCCCUCCACAGCAUCGUCCUCUGACAAGGAGGUGGACACCUUCGACGACUUCUGAGUCCCCGGGCCCACGUGGACAAAAGCAGCGAGCCCACGCACCAUCGUGCCCGCCGCCGUCCGGAUGGUCACGUGCCGCGUCGGACCAAUCACCGCGAGCUUAUUUUUGAAAAUUGCAUUUACCGAGAUUACGCGCUGCUCCCGUGUGUACGGGGCUUGACCGUCCGCUGCGAUCUCUGUGCUUGAUUCUUGGGUUUCGGCGCUGUCCCACGUAUGGUAGCUUAUGCUUCAGCGGCAUCCUAAGACGUCUUUCGGUGAACUCUGCUCACAGGGAUGAGAAGGAGACCCCAUUGAAGGAAGAAUUGUGCUUGAACGACAUCGUGUACCCGCAAAGAACUGCAACUGUCCGAUGGCUCGCAGAGUCCACAGGGACUCAACUCCUGCGAUCUGCGGAAGAUGUGCAAAUGCCUUGAUCCAAAUAUUGUGUAUGCGAUCUGUGCGGUGUCAUUGAGCAAUGACGUUACUCAUCCUCAGUGAGUUCAUCGUUGUACACCUUUAGGUUUGCAGUAUCUGGUUCUUGGCCUCGUCAUUGGCUGAAUUCCUCUGGUAGAUUUCAGUGAUUGGCUACCUGAGUGAACAAGGGCGUAGUCCUUGGCACGGUGAGAGAACCAGGAACAGAAACGGUUUCACACUGGUGGCUUUCACCUUCGUUCUGUUACUUCUCGAGCGCACUGACGAAUAGAUUUGUGUUAACCCUCGAAACAGAAGGCGGCUCAGGGUUGACGGAAAAGGAGUUAUCUUGUCAUGCCUGCGAAAAUAUUUGGCCAACUAUUCCUUUGUUAAAGCUAUAGGUCACUUGAUUCUCCCCCAGAAGCGCCAUACCUGAUGUGGCUACCCGAUUGGUCCGUCUCGUAUUCGUGCUUUGGUUAAAUGACACAAUUGAAGCGCUUGACCUGGUUUAUAAAUAUAUAUAUAUAAAACUGAAUAAAAUUUAACUUUUUAAAAGUCGUGGAUUAAGUUCUACUUAAGAACUCAUGAAAUGUGAAGUAACGUGCUGGGUCCAUCCAAAUCUGGCAACCGAUAUUUGUCAUCCACUACACAUCAUCCGCCAAUUUCUUUAGAUGCCAGUAGAGGACAUGUAUGUAGCCCAUCGGCGUUCAGAAAAUGGGCCGGAUGCCUGGAAUGUUUUCUGUGUUCGAAUAGGAAUUGUAAGCGAGAACUAACUCGUUCGAAUCUCUACGAGCAGACGGCUGACGACGGGGCCGUGCGCAAACUGCCGAGCGGGAACCGAAAAAGGCGGCCGUCUCCCGAUGCUCACAUAGAAGUCUAGUCAGACCACUAGUCCUUAUAGGUGUUGCGCGCGAAAAAAAAAAUCAUGAUCGUAGAGACUCGCGGUUGGUGAAACAGAAUCUCUAUUUUUCUGCCAGUGUUACUCUCCAAGAGCACAUCGUCGACUUUGUCGAAGCGCGUGUAGACAUACAGCGUUACCCUUCCUGUCUUUGACACAAAGUAUAGGCUUCCCGGAUGUUCGGAAGCAAUCGAUCUAAUAGUGCAGCUAUAUAGGCCUUUUGUUUAUCGGUAGUCUACGUAACCGCUCCGGCCGCUUGCGGGGUUUCACAAAAAAUGCCGGGAUGCUCUUCUUGGCAAACCCCGAAUCGUGAGGCAGCAUUGAUCGGCUGAUGUCAGAAGCAGCUUAGCUGCUUGUGACACUAUUUGUAACACAAUUUCGCAGCGCUUCGGAAACCUAUAGACAUUUUCAAGUAGGGCCUCUGGGCGCCCGCCACUUUGCCGCUGGCUUGUUAUACGUAGAUCGUCUGUUAGUCAAGCUUCACUACAGCGGGCACACGGUUGCCAGAUCGGCGCCCAGACAAAAGCACUUUUUAUCCAACGAUGGGCAAAUUAGUUUUUGAAGUGUGACUGCUUGCAAACUUAUAUACGAGAGCUGAUUGAAAAGUAAUGAGAUUGCUUCUGUUUCUUUAUUGUGUUUUUCUUUCUUGCAAGAAGGCAGACGGGCACUGCUGUGAUGAUUUUUGUAACCGUAGUAAAUCCGAAUGUUUGAACCUGCAGUUAAAGCAACAUAGUCUUUAACGCUCCGUCGCAGCGAGCGAAGGCAUGCACUUCGGACAUGUCGUCAUGACAUAUGUCGAAGACCUGUAGCAGAGGUGCGUGGUUGAAUUUUGCAUUAAACUUCGAAGAGUAGUAGCGGCUCUGUAACACUCUUCUAUAGUCAGGGUGUAUCGCCGUGGAGUCUUUUAAAUUUUUUAUCAUAAAAAAAAAAAAAUUAACCUGCACAGAAGAAAGCUUUCCUCGUACGAUAAAGAGAGCAAGGUCGCAGCUGGCAACGUUGAAAGUGAUGUCUUAAAACAUUUUUUUAACAUUUCUUUGAGUAUUUAAAAACAAAAUUCUAACCAAUAUCUUGAAUGUGAGGGUUGCUAAUAUUAAGAAAAAAAAAUGAUCAGACUCCAGAGUCUCCCAAUUACGAACAAGCAGAAUAGGUCCCAUUACUUUUCACUCAGCCUUCGUGGCUUUGAAACUGCCAGUAUGCACAAACUGCGAAUGCGAAAUCCUGAAAGACGCGAAGGUGUAGGGAAGAAGAAUAGGGUUUCGUGUUACUCCAAAAGAAAAACAAAACAAAAAACAAAACAAAAAUGGUGUAUUUCGGUUCGAGCAGCGGAUUUGCGGGAGGUUCCUCGUGUACAGGUCAUACGUCUGAUCUAAAGACACCACAAAUAGGCUACGCAUAGAGUAUUGGCACUUAUUCCCCAUUGUGUAGUGGGCGCAGCCAUCUUGGUGCUCAGCACAGAUUGGACGCAACCGGUGAUCAUUAUGAUUGAAAAUGCGGUCUUCGUAUCUCUAAAUAUGCUGUUAGGAAGCCUAGGCUAUGGCGUCUUGCUCCGUCGCGAACUGGUUUCGCAUUUCUAUAGAAAACGAAAGCCCGCGUUUCUCGCCAUUUUGAAUAAACAACGAGAUAAAUGGCAGCAGUAAUUUUAAGUAUCAAGAUGGCUGAAGUGUUGUCACUCUGAAGCCCCUAUUUAGUGGCUCUAUAAAAAGUUUUAUCCCAAGAACCGUAGUAAAAAAAAAAAAAAAAAAAAGUCCGGCUUCUUGCGGAGGAAUUACUAAUUGCUCCCUUUAUCUGGAUAAUGAAGAUAUGUGUUGGUGCAUUUUAGAAUAGAUAUGUGUCAUGUUAGCAAAAUAUAGACCUUUCAAAAGCCAGAAGCAGCGCUUCGUCCUCCGACAGCCAAAUCUUGUAAGAACGACUUCUCGGCGCGUUUAAACAAUCCGCAAAACAUUUUUUUUUCUUGAGGUGACAACGAGUAUAGUCCGAUCCAAAUUCCACAAAGGCGUCAUCUUAGAUAGCGCUUCUCCGUCAGAGCCAAAGCAGCUUUGGCACCGUAAUGUCCGAAAUGUCUGAAAAGCUCAACAGCGCAGUUUCUAAGAAUACUUCGCGUUUCUCUAUAGCCGUGAACAAAGGCAUCUGCCCGCAACGUCUUGUGACAGCAAGGCCGCUUAAGUGUGACAGUGUUUUGGGAUAGGUUGCCAACAGUAAUCACAUGUGAGGGGGAGGGAAAGGGGGAGGGGGUGCAAAACAGGCUGUCACAGCCGAUCUGCCGCCUCCCAAAAGGAAGACAGGGUGCUUCUAGAGACACUAUUUUUCUACGACUGAGUCACCAGACCAGAUGCUUGCCAAGCUCAGUCGAGGCAUACGAACAAAGAAAAAGAAUGGCCGAGGGAAAACAAAAAAGGAAUGUGUCUCGGCUUACAUUAGAGUCGCUAAAUAGCCUACGCAUACAGAAUAGGCUCUCCAUUCUUAGAUUACUGUGUGGUCGCCGCGAUUUUGGUGCUUUCGGUGGAUCGGGUGUAAUGGGCCAUUUGCAAAGCGUGCAGUGCCGUCCGCGGCGCCGAAAGGAAUGCCGGGGGCGCUAGGUACAGCCGGAUCUAACGGACGACAAAAGUGACCUUGGAGGCGACGGCCAGCGAGACCAGGGCAGGCGAACAACACCGAUAUCCUCCCGCUCGCUUCAGUGUCACGUAGUGAACAAGUUGUGGCUGCUGGAAAGAGCGUACGAGGAUUCGCGCGCAGCAUUUCGGAAUUACUGCAAAGAAAGGCCUAUUGGGGAUUGCUAGGAACCUUGGUUCAUGAAAUAGCUUAAAUCUUACGUGUUUAUACCACUCGUAACUUGACUGUGUGCCUGAAGAAAUCGGCAAAGCUCAGAGGCGGUCGUUUGGGAGGCAUCGUCUUAAAAUUGUCAUUUUUGAAUCUGAUCUACCGACAAUUUUUAGAUUGACAGCCUUGUGAAAUGUGUUACGAUCAAACACCGAAAACACAAAGGAGACUGUCGACAUCCUUAAAAUAAAUAAGUAUAGAAUUUACUGCCAGUACAUCGUCUGCUGGACAUUAUCGUUGCAGCAGUACGGUUAGAAUAAUCUCAUCAAAUUUAUAUUCGUUUAUCGGGCAUUGUAUUACGUCUGCAUGAUAGCCGAAUUGAAGGAGGUUUUAUAUUUUGGGGGUGGGGUUGGAAAAAGUCCUUCGUUAUAAGACAAUUAUGUUUACGUUGAGAUACUUUGGGCUCUGUUAUAGUUACCUGAUUGUUACUUAAUGUGACGUUCACUAAUGUUUUCAUCAACGUUUGGACAAGUGUUAUAAAGCUAGAGUUGUUUUU